AUGACACCAUCAUCUGGGACGUCCUUGGUAAACCCUAUCAAGGCAUCGUCUCUCCUGAAACUCGAAGGAGAAGGAUAUUUGGAUCAACACCUAACCACUUCCACACCAUUGAGUGUAAGAAGUCGCGGUUUUCGCACAGCCGGCCUGGAUGAUCGGUUGGCGGCCAUCUGGAGUGGUGGCAGAGUGGUGGGUAUCGGCACGGCUGAUCUGAAGGAGGAGGAUGUUGGGCAGGAAAAGACCUUGUUAACGCUACAUCAUAUUGCCUCCGCCCUUCUCAAACAUCACACCCAGUCUCAAUUUGCAAACCAGCCACCCCUUCCUCUGAGGGCGAUACCUCCCGGGUCACCAUCGCCGCCCACCAUCUAUGCAGUGGUGCCUCACACGUACCAAACUAUUCCUCUUUUGCAUGCUCUAUUGGCCGAGAAACUGUCCGACUCAGUAGCCGCGCUCGAGCUUCUGAAGUAUGUACGCUUGCUGCAGUAUUUUGAUCUCGCCGGGCUAGCCGAGAGUCUGGCUGAGGUUAGUGAAGGGAUAUUUCGACGGAUCCAGAGCGACAAGCAAAGUCGUGACAAAACGGUCCGAGAUAUUGUAUUGAUCCAGGGACAUCAAAAUGCAGUAUCUACCAUCCAUCGACGGAGCGGACUUGUACAGGCGAAUGCACUUCUUUCUAGUCUGGUGCGAAACAUCACCCAGAUUUCGCGCAUGUCUCGAGAUGUCCUCGUCCUUGUAGAAGCCGCUGUGGAGCCUGGAUUACAAGCUGGCGAGGAAGCAAGACAAGACAUGACCAGAUCCAAAAGAUAUCUUGCUGGUAUAGAACUUGACUCUGCAUUUGCCAGUCUCCACGGGGAGUGUCUGAGGUUAGUCUGCGGAAGUGAGACGUUGUCAAGGACACUGGAUGUGGCGUUUGACACCAUGGUCGUGGUGCAUGAUGGGUUUGGAAGAGUAAUUGACGAGGUCCGAGGCCACGGCAAAUCCGAGCGACGUAUUGUCGAGGUGGUGAAGGACAGAUUGGGCGACAUGACGGGGAGCUGGGGCUUGUGGACCUUUGGCAGUCCAUGA